AUGCGCUUCUUCUAUCUCUCCCUCAGCGCCUUCGCCGCGCUCGCCGCUGCUGCCGACAACGCCAACCCCUUCAACAUUCCCACCGAGGGUUACACCUUCACGGCCGGCAAGCCUACCACUCUCACCUGGCAGCCUACCACCGAGGGCUCCGUGACCCUGCGUCUGCAGUGGGGUUCCGUCCUGACCGCCGAUUCCGGCUCCGUCAUUGCCCAGGGCAUCGCAAACUCCGGCCACUACACCUGGACUCCCCCGGCCAACCUGGCCGCCCAGCCGGACUACACCAUCGAGAUCAUCGAUGACAGCGACACCAGCGAGGUGAACUACCUCCCGCGCUUCACCGUGGCUGGUGCUACCGCCGUGGCCACCCACAGCGCGGCCACCACCACCACCUCUGCGGCCACCACCUCGUCCACCGAGGCUUCUACCUCCACCGAGGCGUCCACCUCCACUGAGAGCAGCACCACCAGCACCGCGAGCUCCAAGUCUCACUCGCACACCACCAUGGCGACCACCACGAGCGGCAGCUCCAGCGCCGCCACCUCCACGGACAGCUCGUCCGCCGCCAGCAAGACCGCCGCCUCCACCACCACGGACUCCAACGCCUCGAGCACCUCCAGCACCGCCUCCGGGACCACCGUGCCCAACACCAACGCCGGCAUGGCCAACCAGGUCUCGGGCGGUCUGAUGGUCGCCAUGCUUGGUGCUUUUGCCCUUCUGUAG